AUGCGUGCAAUCGUGCGCACACGUGUGCUCAUCAAAGCGCUUCACACACCCACAUCGCUAUCCACGUCACGGCAUCUAUGCACCACCACACCAUGUCACGAGUCGCCUGCUACUCGGCCACGCACGUCUGCAGGGCCUUGUGCGCCUCCACCAACGCCUGCCGCUGCGGGUGCAACGCCACCGCCGAACUUUGGCGGACUCGGAACAACGCAGCUGUCGCCGGACAUUAUGCUGCGCUGUACGAUCUUCGACUCGACGGGUUCGACGACGUCGACGUCCGGGGUGUUUAAAAAGUCGCGCCUGUGCUCCGAGCAUGGGCUCGAGCCGCGCGAUCUGCGCAAGAUCGACUCGCGCGUGCCCAACUUGGUGCCCACCAUCCUCGCUCGUCGCGGGGGCAUCUUGGUCAACAUACUGCACAUCCGCGCCAUGGUCAAGAGGGACAAGGUGCUCUUGUUCGAUAGCUACGGCAGCACGGAUUCCCAGCUCCACUCGGCAUUCGUCUACAACCUGCAACACAACCUGCGACCGCACCACCAAUCGGGCAGUGGACUGGCGUACGAGUUCCGCGCACUCGAGAGCAUCCUCGUCUCGGUGCUCGAUGCACUGCGAAUCGAACUCGGGGUGGUAAGAGGAUGGACUUCGGGCGUACUCGAAGAGUUGGACGAUGAUGUGGAUCGCGAAAAGCUGCGGACCCUGUUGCAGGUCUCGCGCAAGCUCAAUGCGUUUCUCAGUCGCGCCAAGGCGGUCAAGAAUGCGGUGGUCGAGGUGCUGGAGAACGACCAAGACAUGCAGCUCAUGUACCUCUCCUCCACCCCGACGAUCGACAGCGAAGGCAUGGACCAACUCGAACUCCUCCUCGAAUCGUUCGAUAAGCAAGUCGAAGAAGUCGUGGCCGAAACGACGCAGCUGCAGUCGGACAUGAGCAACACCCAGGAAGUCGUCGAACUCAUCCUGGACAACAACCGAAACAAACUGCUCGCGCUCGACCUCAAAACGUCCAUCGCCACCAUGGGCAUCAGUGCCGGCACGCUCUGGGCGGGCUUGUUCGGCAUGAAUCUCAAGUCGCACAUGGAGGAACUCGAUUGGGCCUUUGCCGGUGUUAGCGGCGUCGCUUUCGGCGCCGUGCUGCUGACGGCGGGAAUCGGAUUGCGCAGGCUAGAGAGGCUCAGGAAAGUGGGGCUCGGACAAGGGCCAGUGAAGCGGAGGAAGGAUGUGUGGGCAACGCACUGGCCCGAAACCCCAAUGCCUACCGAUAUCGUCCAGCCCGUGCCCACGCCUGCUCCGUCGGCACCACCACUCGGCCUCGGCCUCGGCGCAAAGUGGGAUGCACCCAAGCGUGUCAAGCGAUAG